GGAGUGUGGGGGGGGAGGGGUCUUGCGCGGCGCCGCGUGCUCCCCUCACUCCGCCGCCAGUCAGAGCGACAGUGGCAGCGCGCGGUUCGUCGCUGUUCCCAACCCACAACAUUAACCCACGUCUACCCAUUGUUAAUUAACGAGCAUCUCGCUCGAGGCCGCCGCCUCGUCCAGUGAACGGACAAAACAGACGCCCACUGGCUGUAUCUUCCGUACCAUCAUUGUUACGAUUUUCUACUACAGUAGUAUUUUAUUUUCGUUCCCCACCCCGUUGCGGUGGAGGUGCAGUCGACGCGGGGGGGGAUGCCUCGAGUGUGGUUUGGCCGCCCCGCGCUGUAGCCAGGAACGGGGUGGGGGUUAGGACACAACAUCAAGGCAGGACUGUGAAGCCCGGCAGGGCAGGGCGACUAGGGCAAGGCAGGGCGGGCACUGGCUCGGGCAUGUGCCCCGGGUGCCCCCUAGCGGCCACGCAGUGAGCUCUUUGGAGCCGAGCCCAAUCCCGCCCGCCCGACCCACCUCUAACCCUGCCCGCACAGCCCAGGGGGUCCCCACGGGUCCCGCCAAAGUUCAUAGCGGAGGCGGAAUGGCCAAUAGCGAGUCUUUUGUGUUCAUUAAAGACAUCAAGGCAGGACUUAAAAACCUUAACGUGGUAUUCAUAGUCCUGGAAAUAGGGAGAGUGACCAAGACCAAGGAUGGACACGAGGUGCGGUCUUGCAAGGUGGCCGACAAGACGGGGAGCAUGACCGUGUCCGUGUGGGACGACAUUGGGGCACUCAUCCAGGGGGGCGAUAUCCUGCGGCUCACACGGGGAUAUGCCACCAUGUGGAAGGGCUGCCUAACAUUGUACACAGGCCGUGGAGGAGACCUGCAGAAGAUUGGAGAAUUCUGCAUGGCAUUCUCAGAAGUUCCAAACUUUAGUGAACCAAACCCUGAUUUCAUGAACCAGGGUAAAACGGGAGAUUCCAGGAGCAACUCUCCCACCAGUCAGCUUGGAGCUGGACAAGCAAACCCAGCAGGCAAUGGUUCACAAGCAAUGCCAGUUUUGGGUUCUGGAGCGCCACCUCCAGGCUAUAGCUCCACCAUGCAGCCGCCUGCUCUCCCGGCACACACUGCGGGGGGCCGGGGAAAUGGCCGGGGUGGGUUGUUGGCUCCACCCGGUGCCGUAGGGUUGCCGGCGCUGCCUGGACCUGGAUUGAGCAAUGGCCGUGACCCUCGGCGUGGCAGCAAGAGAUGAAGGCUGCUGCGUGGUCUUGCUGGCAGCGAGACAUGCACAGCCAGUGUACACACACUGGGCACACGCGUACACCUGCACGCCACUGCUGAUGUUUACGCAAAAGUGAACUCAGGCCUCCACAAUUUAAAAUAUAAAACUGUACGAGAGAUAGGGAUGCAAAAAUCUUGCACGCAGUGAAAUAUUUGUACACGUAAGGUAGUACAGUAUACUGUAACUUUUGCAAGUUUGUUCUGCACAAGCAAAGCUUUUCAACUACACAUUUACGACAUGCAUUUCUGCACUUGGUCAAGAAGUCACAAACAACAAUGAUCUUUCACCUUUGUGUUAAGUUUAUUUUAAUUCAUGCCAUGUUAAGCACAUUCAUUGGUUCAUUCAUUUUCUAGCGUACCCUGUACUAAAGCCACAUUCCACCAAACGUAAAUAAUGUUAACGAAAACAAGAUUCCUUUUAUAGGAAAAAAUAUAUCCGUGGCUCAUAACAUCCAGAUUAGGCAGUUUAAAAAUAUAUGUUCUGCAGUAUGAUGUGAACUGACCUUCAGUUCACAAGCAAGGCAGUGCAUUAAUUUUAUACAAGCAAUGCAACAAUGCUACUUAUGACAAGGGGUCACGACACAUGAGCUACUGAGGGUGUGUUUUUGAAGUACAGUACAUAUACACUCAAAUGAGUAUUGGAAAUGAUUUUCUGUACAAACGAUGCAUUAAAGUGAUUUGCAUAUUAAUGAAUGAAUGUUGCCAGAUUUAGGCCUUCGACACUAAAAGGAUGGCAAAUGCUACAUUUCCAUUAAACAUCACAAAUGCACUGCUAGAAAGCCCCUCAAAAGCUUGUGCUUUAAGCACAUGAAUAUACUUGAAUGCUGCAGUAAAUACUGCUCUGGAGCAAGGUACAUAUUUUUUUUACAUUUUUGUUUCCACUUUGCCAUUCACUUGGGGUUUAUUUGCUGCUUGCCAAAUGCCAAACCAUGUGAAAUAGCCCAUUACAUCAGUUGAACUUACAAUGCGGUCGGUAACAGAGCUGCACUGCUUGUUUGUGAGUUGCCUCCGGGCUUUGUACCACACGUGCCCUGUGCACCAACAGCCCCUCUGUACAGAACAGUACUCUCCUCUUCAAGUUCUGCUAUUUUUAAACUGGUUUAGUGAAAUUGAUUGUAGCUAUGGUGAUGAAUGAACUUGAUAUUGUACAUCAUUUGAAUACAUUUGGCUUUUAUUAAG